AUGCCUAUCUCCAUAAUCAUAGCAAUCCUUUGUGUCAUAGUUGCGUAUAUGGCUUUCUUAGUUAUGCGGCCAAAGGACGUCAGAAUAUGCUUUGUAGGCCCACACUCUACUGGCAAGACUGUUUCCCUACUAAGCCUGCUUGGCCUUGAUAACAAGACAGUCACCACACUGGCCAGCCAUAGAGUUAUUUACAAAAACAAAGAGAUAUUUGAACUUGUGCCCGACGAAAGCAACAGGGACUUUGUGGAUAAGUACCAAUUGAAUCCCAAUGACAAAUUUGUAUUUUUUGUUAAGAAUGAAGAGGAAAUUGACUCUUUCCCCGAUUGCUCAGGCUUUGACAUAGUCUUUGUAAUGUGGAAGAAGACAAAGGAUAAGAAGAGGAAAGACUUGAUAUAUUUGGACGAAUCAAGAGAGAAGCUGAAGGAUUUAAUACUAAAGAUGUAA